AUGUCGGAUCCGGUGGCUGAUUUCCUGGCUCGCGAGCAGAAUGUCCUGGCCGGUAUACAGGAUGAAACGCUGGACGUUAUUGCUCCGGCGCAGCGACUGCUCAACAAUGGUAUCCUGGAUAGUGAAAGUGAUAGCAUAACUGAAACGGCGCCAAUAAGUGGGACCGAAGAAUCGGGCCUGGAUCUAUCGGCGCUCGAUGGAUCUGUGACAGGCGAUGGAUCGCAACGUACCAGCCCCCAUUCAUCGGUGCUUGAUGCGAAACCGGAACCAGAGAAAAUCAAGAAGUGGCGAGAGGAGCAAAAAUUAAUGCUGGAGAAGAAAGCACUGGCGAUGACAGCGAAUCGAACUGACUUUGUAACGCUAUUUCUUCUGUCUACUAUGGUCUGUGAGAAACAUGUCAGAAAGAACUGGGUGGUAGUGGCAACGGCGUUGUAA